CAAACCACAUCCUCUCCAUUCUCCUCCCUCCUCAAAACCUUGCGAAGAGAGUACGUGGCAAGCAAGGGGAGGAAAUUGUGCUGAAGCUAGCGGCCGCGAGCACCGAUCGAUCGAUUAGAAGUGAGCAUCCGGGCAGCCAGAGAGUUUCCGGCCAUGGCGAGCUCCGAUCAGGGUUCGUCCGGCGCCCCGAAGCCCGUGCCGGGCAGCUACGGGCUGCCGGUGAUCGGCGCCGUGCGGGACCGCCUGGACUUCUACUACUUCCAGGGCCAGGACAAGUACUUCGAGUCCCGCGUCGAGCGCUACGGCUCCACCGUCGUGCGCAUGAACGUGCCGCCGGGCCCGUUCAUGGCCAAGGACCCGCGCGUGGUCGCCGUCCUCGACGCCAAGAGCUUCCCCGUGCUCUUCGACAUGGACAAGGUCGAGAAGAAGAACCUCUUCACGGGCACCUACAUGCCCUCAACCUCGCUCACCGGCGGCUACCGCGUGUGCUCGUACCUGGACCCGUCCGAGCCCACCCACACCAAGGUCAAGCAGAUGCUCUUCAACCUCCUGCUCUCCCGCAAGGACGAGGUCAUCCCGACCUUCCGCUCCAACUUCUCGUCGCUCCUCGCCACCGUCGAGUCGGAGCUCGCCAAGGCCGGCAAGGCCGAGUUCAACAAGCUCAACGACGUCACGUCGUUCGACUUCAUCGGCGAGGCCUACUUCGGCGUGCGCCCCUCGUCGACCGACCUCGGCAGCGGCGGGCCGACCAAGGCCGCUAAGUGGCUCAUCUGGCAGCUCCACCCCCUCGUCACGAUCGGCCUCCCCAUGAUCCUCGAGGAGCCGCUCCUUCACACCUUCCACCUCCCGCCCUUCCUGGUCAAGGGCGACUACAAGGCGCUGUACAAGUACUACUCGACCGCCGGGAAGCAGGCGCUCGACAUGGCCGAGGGCCUGGGCCUGUCGCGGGAGGAGGCCUGCCACAACCUGCUGUUCGCCACGACGUUCAACAGCUACGGCGGCCUGAAGGUGCUCUUCCCGGGGCUCCUGGCGAACAUCGCCAACGGCGGCGAGAAGCUCCACGAGCGUCUGGUGGCGGAGAUCCGCGGCGCCGUGGCCGAGGCCGGCGGCAAGGUGACACUGGCGGCGGUGGAGAAGAUGGAGCUGACAAAGUCGGUGGUGUGGGAGUCGCUGCGCCUGGACCCGCCCGUCAAGUUCCAGUACGGGCACGCCAAGAAGGACCUGGAGAUCGCGAGCCACGACGGCGUGUUCGCGGUGAAGAAGGGCGAGAUGCUGUUCGGCUACCAGCCGUGCGCCACCAAGGACGCCCGCGUGUUCGGCUCCACGGCGGGGCAGUUCGUGCCCGACCGGUUCGUCGGCGACGAGGGCAGCAAGCUGCUGCAGUACGUGUACUGGUCCAAUGGCCGCGAGACCGAGAGCCCCAGCGUCGACAACAAGCAGUGCCCCGGCAAGAACUUCGUGGUGCUCGUCGGCAGGCUCUUCGUCGUCGAGCUGUUCCUCCGCUACGACACCUUCACCGCCACCGUCGGCACGGAGCUGCUCGGCACCAGCGUCGUCUUCACCGGCGUGACCAAGGCUACCUCCGGCCCUGGCAGCGAGUAGAUCGGUCUCGGCGGUAAAAUCAAACCUGCACCCGCACGAACUUUGUCGCGAUUGGAUAUGAUUGGAUUGGGUUGCAGACUGCACCAGGUACGGGGCCCCCCUUGUAAUAAGAUUUCUUCCUCUUCACGUGUGAUCGGACCUGUUGAUUUGACGAUUUGUAAUGCAAUGAUGGCAUGUUGCAUGAAUGCCUCGAUGUUACCUUU